UCUCCCGCGUUUCUGAUUUCGUUUUCUUCGCCUAUACGGAACGUCGUCUUUGCGUUAUACACGUUGCUUUGAACAUAACCCUACAGUAACUCCGUCUAGCAUAAUUUUAGUUUUUCAAUGAGAAACGCCUUGAAUCGUCAUUGAACAGAAUUCGAGCAUUUGCCCAUUGACCGAUCAUUGAUUCCACAUUUCAUACUUGGCACCUGAAAACAUUAAUUUCCAAAUGAAGACCAAGGUAGACAAGAAGGGGAAGAAACGAUCUCUUAGCGAGACUUCUCUUCCCGCAAAGUCGGAUCAGAAGCCAAAGUAUGCUGUUAAAUCCAAGAACAGCCCCAAAAAGCCUAAACUUGCUGAUACUGCACGAAAUGGAAAGCUCGCGUAUAAGACUAAAGAGCGGGCGCUCAAAAAGAUCGCUGGUCCAUUAGAGAAACAGGCUAGGAGAGCAAAGCAAGAAAAUAGUGCUGCGAAAUCAUCGAAACAAGAAAUGAAAACUCAUGCGAAAGGAGAGACCAAAUUGGAGACCAAACUAGAGUUAUUAAAACAAAAACAAGCACGACGUGCGCUGACUAAGGAGAAACGAAAGCAAAAAGUAUACACUGACUUAAGUGUGGAACAAAUGAAAAGCAGAAUCGAAGCGAUCAGGGGCAGGGAAGUGUUGACGAAGACGGCGAAAAAGAAAUUAGCUAUAUUAAAGAGGAAAUUGAAAGCGAUGGGAUUUCCGUUAGAGGAAGAUGCAGUAGAACAGAAUGAGAAAAAAGUCGCAAGUCAGAAGGAAAGCGGUAAAAUGGUGAAAAAUAAAAACAAGAAAGCUGCAGGGUCUCCUAACGAUCAAAAGAAGAAAGAUGGGGAAAAGGGACUCGUUCUCUACGUGCAAAAUUUACCAGCUGACAUUACAGAAGACGAAAUCAAAGAGCUUUUCCUGACCAAGGUUGAUACAGUGACCAACAUCAAAAUUAAAAGUAAUAGAAAAACGUCAGCUGCCUCUGCAUUCGUGGAGUUGUCAAGUCGCGCGGAUUGUGUGAAAGGACUUUCGUUGUCUGACACGCUCGUAGAGGGUAAGAAGAUAACGGUACAAUAUUCACUCUCACCGCCUGCGUUUGGAGACACUGCAAAAUUAGGAGUUCAGAAACAAAAACUCCAGAGCAAAAAGGCGAAAAAUGAACCAGAGGAAGAUGAUAGCGAUCUUAUCGAAGAUGAGGGAGAUGAUGACGAAGAUGAAUCCGAUAUGGAGGAAGAAGAGGCCGAAUUUAUGGACAUGAACGAUUCUGAAGAAGAAAGUGACGAUGAUGAAGAUGACGAUGAUGAAAAAGUUGCACAUGGGAAGGAAAGCAAUAAAAAAAUGAAAACUAAGAAGGAAGCUGCGCGUCCUCUUACGGUGGCUGCGGUUAAAAAGUUAAAAGGAAAAUUCGUCGGUGGAGUCCAAAAAGGAAAAGAUCAGCGAAAAAAGGGAAGCAAAAUGGUAGGGCAAAAGCGUAAUAAAAUAGGUAGAAAUUAUUAACGCAAAUAUUGUGUUUACAAAAAUCAUUUGUUACAAGCACAAAUGGAAGUGCAAUUAUACAAAUGCAAACAGAAUUUUCGAUAAAUAUGAUACAAUUGUUUAUGUAAAAAGUAUAUUGUAUUUACUUUUUAUGAAAGAUCACUUGUCCCAUAUAAAAUAUAAUCAUAAAUAAAACCAUAAAUACAUAUAUAUAUAUAGACUAGAUAUCGAUUGAUCUCUUUCGAAACAAUAGGUUUGUUGCACCAUGUCUAUAUUAAUCAAUUAUGUAUAAAAAUUUACUAGUGUAAAAUGUACCAAUACUAACACUUAAAUCCUGAAAAAAAAUCCUGAGAAAAUCUAUCAAGAUUUUAAAUAUAUACAUAUAUGAUCUAAA